AUAAAUAUCCAAAAGAAAACUAUAGAUGACGUUAUAAAAUGAAUGUAUGCUUCUGAAGACAUAAAGAUGUAUAUGUUUAAUGCGUUGUUCAUUACGAGACGUGCAAUCUUGUCAAAUGAUGGAGUACGUUGAUGGACAAUGUCUAUGUAUAGAUUUGAUGCAUACAAAUUAAAAUUAUUAUAUCUUUUAUAAAUACGAAUGUUCGCGUAAAUAUUGGUAUCAUUUUUAAAGUACAGCGUAAUGAGUGUUAUUUAGCAAGUAAUAAAUAAAAGUCAUAUGCGAGGAACGAAAUAUUCGUGCUAUGACAAACGAAUUCUUAAACCAGCUAUUAUUUAAAAAGACGUAAAUUAAUAAAAAAUCACAUGUACAUUAUUUAGGAAACAUCAUAGCGUUUACCAGUAAUUACUAAUACUUUCAGCGAUUAUAUAACGGCUAAUUACAUUAUGACAUAGCAAACACGCGUUUCUCUCUAUCAACAAUUGUGUCUAUACGUUUAUGUGCAGCCUAUAAUUUUUAAAAUACAUGCAUAAAACCGAAACUUACUCCGUUACAUCUACAAAAAAAAUGCCCAAACUUUAUUUCUAAAUGUUUCAAAAAAUUCUUAAUUUAAAUUAAGAAUGGCAACUUGAAAGCUCGUCCGAUAUAACUUGCGUUAAACGAGUGUCAUCUAUUAUCAUUACACGAUAACAGUUCCGAGAAGGGAAUGAUACAAUUCUCUUGGAGUUUCCUCUUAGGUAACUUUUCCCGACUUUUCCUCCUACACCACUGUUUAAAGCAUUCCUAGACCGAGCGAAUUUAGUUCUACAAACGACAGUGGUACAAAUUCAGACUAUAUUCGGCGCGUGUUAAACUUAUCGAUUAAUACAUUGCUCCGACUUGAUAAAAAUGUGAUGAAACGUUGUUGUCGACGAACUAGGGUCACGCGAACAUUAUGAACGAUGAUGUUGUACUAGUUUUGUUUCUUAUGUAAAGAAGAGGGAGACGAUUGCGUGGCGUGUGUAUGUUACUGCGGAGUAUAUAAACGUCAUUUAUUAGACUGCAGUUUUUCAAAGUGUUCCAAAAGAUUUCCCGUCGUAGGAACAUGAGUUAAUCUCAUUGCUGUAGUGACAUUACUCGGUUUUAGAACUCAUCGCAAAAUUCACCCCAUGAUAGCUGCAGUUAAACUCGAAUUCAAGUGAGUGUUCAGAUCUCUUCAAAAUGGCUCUGCUGACGGCUAGUUGGGCCGUGGAUGGCAUCCUCCUCCUCAUGCCUUUCACGGCGUUCCUGUACUAUCUUCUGACACGAAAUUACAAAUAUUGGGCGAAACGAGGGGUCAUGGAGAUCCCGCGAACACCUCUGCUAGGAAAUUUUGGUGACUGCAUGUUGGGAAGGACAUCACCCUCCGAAUACCUGCAGGGCUUGUACAACAAAUCCAAAGGUCUACCUUACAUGGGCUUCUACAUCUUCAACAAACCAUACUUCCUAGCACGGGAUCCUAAUCUUGUGAAACAUAUCCUGGUGAAGGAUUUCAACAUAUUUGGAGACAGACAUGGGACUGCGGACGACACACAUGAUCGCUUGGGGUACGCAAACCUCUUCCUGAUCAAAAAUCCUGAGUGGAAGAUGCUCAGAACUAAGCUGACCCCGAUUUUCACGACAGGAAAAUUGAAGAGGAUGUUUGAUCUCAUGUUGCUGAUUGCUAAAGACCUUGAGCAGCAUUUGGACGCUCGGAAUUUGGAAGGUGAUGGAAAGACAAUCGAAUUGAAGGAUCUCUGCGCGAAUUUCACUACCGAUAUGAUUGCCAGCACCGCUUUCGGUUUGAGAGUGAAAUCGUUGGAAGAUCCGAAAGCUCAAUUCAGGGAGGUUGGCAGAGAAAUCUUCGGCUACGAUCUGCGACGCAGUCUCGAAUUUAUCAUUAUAUUUUUCUUGCCGGAAUACAUCAAGUAUACGCGACCGAAAUUUUUCGGGAAGAAUGCCAGUGAUUUCUUGCGAAACGUUUUUUGGGACGUUAUUAACGAACGGAUUAACUCUAAACAGAAGCGAAACGAUCUCAUCGAUCUGCUGAUCGAACUGCGACAGAAGCACGGAAACGACAAAGACAUGGAAGGGUUCGACUUCAAUGGCGAUGAUUUGGUGGCACAGGCAGCCGUAUUCUUCACUGGAGGUUUUGAAACGUCCUCUACUACCAUGUCCUUUACGCUAUACGAAUUGGCUUUGCAGCCCGAUAUUCAGAAAACUCUUAGGAACGAGAUACAUGAAGCCCUCGAGGAAUCUGAUGGCAAGAUCACGUACGAAAUGGUUAUGACGUUACCGUACCUCGAUAUGGUAAUUUCGGAGACCCUCCGUAAAUACCCACCCCUGGCAUUCUUGGAUCGCGUCACUAGCGAGGAUUACAAAGUACCAAACUCUGAUCUGGUGCUGGAGAAAGGUACACCAGUGUACAUACCUAUGAUGGGUAUACACCGUGACCCGGAAUACUAUCCUGACCCGGACAAAUACGACCCAUUGAGGUUCACCGAAGAGAACAAACAGAAGAGACCAAACUUUACAUAUUUCCCUUUCGGCGAGGGACCUCACAUUUGUAUCGGUUCUCGAUUGGGACUCAUGCAAUCGAAGCUCGGAAUAGUGCAAGUUAUCAAGGAUUACGAAGUGAUGCCCUGUGAUAAAACAACGGUUCCAAUGGUUCUAGAUCCCAGAGGACUCACCACGACAGCUCGAGAUGGAUUAUACGUUAAGUUUAGGAAGCUCACAACUGCAGCGGAAUAAAUUGUUGCCGAGCUGGCACUCGUGUUAUAAUAUCAGUAUAAUGUAUAAAUGUACAACGUGCAACGAUACGAAGGAUAGCGAUAUAACGUGCUAUGAUACAAUGCAUCGCGCAUUGUAUCGUCAUAGGAUACAUACAAUACAACACGAAAAAUGUAUGCUACAUAGGCGACAUUGUUCGUGACUGACAUAACACGUAGACAAUACAAGCCGUAAGGGGUAUAACACGUGACUGAUAGUAUAUGAGUGACAUAACGUGUAAGCGAUGUACAAUGUGACUGAUGGAGGUAAGAUAAACAAGUGAUAUAACACGUGGGAACAAACAAAUUUACUAUAAACAUACGAUAUACUUUUGUAGAUAACUUCUAGUUCUUUAGCAAAGAAAAUUAUUCACUUUCAAUAAUUAUCGUUAAUUACGCUAAUUAUACAAAAGGAAGAAAAGAAUUAAAUUCAUGUCAAUAAAUUUCCAAAAGAAAACUACAGAUCACGUUAUAAGAGGAAUGUAUGCUUCUGAAGACAUAAAGAUGUAUAUGUUUAAUGCGUUGUUCAUUUCGGGACGUGCAAUUCUGUCAAAUGAUGAUGGAGUACGUUAAUGGAUAAUGUCUGUGUAUAGAUUUGAUACGUACAGAUGACACGGAAACAGAAAUUUCAUAAUUGACAUUGAAAUUAUUAUAUCUUUUAUAAAUACGAAUGACCGCGUAAAUCUUGGUAUCAUUCUUAAAGUACAGCGUAAUGAGCAUUAUUUAAAAAGUAAUGAAUAAAAGUCAUAUGCAAGGAACGAAAUAUUCGUGCUAUGAUAAACGAAUUCUUGAACUAUUAUUUAAAAAGACGUAAAUUAAUAAAAAAUCGCAUGUACAUUAUUUAGGAAACAUCAUAGCGUUCACCAGUAAUUACUAUUAUUUUCAGUGAUUAUAUAACCGAUAAUUACAUUAUGACAUAGCAAAAUUUUAUCAACAAUUGUAUCUAUAUUUAUGCGGAGCCUAUAAUUUCUAAAAUACAUGUACAAAACCGAAACUUAUAUAGUUAUACCUACGAAAAAAAUGUCCAAACUUUAUUUUUAAACGAUACAAUAAAUUCUUAAUGUAAAUUAA